CUCGAGUAAGGGAGGAAAGAGGCCUGGGGAGGGGCGGGGCCAGCUGCGAGGGGGUGGGUGUUCGAAUGUUGGGUGUGCGUGGAGAAGUUAACCCCUUCCCGGCUGACUUCGCAAUUUGCUGUCUAAGGUGGAGCUCUCUUUUAACCCUUUCGAUGCCGUGCUGGGAUAGUUUUUUUAAUUGUUGAAAGCUUGGGCCGGAUUUUCUUCUCCUCCUCGAGCUGAUUAUUUGGAUCUGAACUGGUGAGAGGAAGGAAUAACACUUGGCAUCGGGACAGCUCUUAACUCCUGCGGUGCUGGAACUGGAUCCCCUUUAACCCAUGUGCAGAGUUGCCAUGCAGCUGUUGAUGUGAAGAGACAGGGUGGUAGCUGGUGGGGAGAACUGGUUCUUCAGCCCCUGCUCGACACUGCGAGGGUAAUGCAGGCCUAAAGGCCUUCGGACGACAAGACUGCUGCUGAUCAUCUCCUGCAAGGGUUAACAGUGGCAACUUGCGAGAACCCGAUCUGAAGUGGCCCAGAGGACUGCAAAGGGUUAUAAAUGAAGGCCAGCUCGUGAAGGGUUAAGGGCUUUGUUUCCUGCGAACUUUAAAAGCUGGCAUCCACAACAGCAGGACCUAAAGAGUUAAAGACAGUUGCAGGUUUGAAGGAGGAAGAGGAGGGAGCCAGCCCCUUUGGACUGAGAACAACAGCACCCGAAAUCCAAAUCUUGGCUUGCCAACAAUGGCUGACGCUGCCCUCUCUGCCAGCCAGCAGCAACCCAAUGGCAAAACUUCUUCCUUCUCCCCCUGCAAGGAUGCCAGUAGUGGAGAGGGGCCCUUUUUGGUGUCUCCACCCGCCAGCCGAGAAGUGCUCCAAGGAGAAGCGAUGGACGGUAGGUGGCAGCCAAGAGAGACCAAGCAGCAGGAUGGCAGCCCGAUGAGCAGAGACGAAGAAGCCUGCCGUGAUGCAGAACAUGCGGUUCCUCCGGUUGGGAGAAGUUUGGGUGCCCCAGAGGGAGCCGUCGGCGGUGAGGUUGAGGACCAGAACUGUGGCGCACCUGCGGACGUCCAAAAGCCAUGUGAUGGAGAGCAGCUCGGCUUGCAGUGCCAAGCCUACUCCGGGCCUGUUGGCCAGAGGUUCAGGCCCCAAGCAGAAGGCGACGAGGAGGAGAAGCUGGUCAAGAAGAAGCACAGGAGACGUCCUUCCAAGAAGAAGAGACACUGGAAACCUUACUACAAGCUCAGCUGGGAGGAGAAGAAGAAGUUUGAUGAGAAGCAGAGCCAACGGGCCUCCAGGCUGCGGGCAGAGAUGUUCGCCAAGGGGCAGCCCGUCGCCCCGUACAACACCACGCAGUUCUUGAUGGAGGACCACGACCAGGAAGAACCAGACUUGAAGACCGGCCUUUUCCCCAAGAAGACUGCCGCCAAGUCGGACGACACCAGCGAGGAAGACUUCUUCGUGGAGGAGGAAGGCGGUGGCAGCGACGGGAUGGGAGGCGACGGCAGCGAGUUUCUCCAGAAGGACUUCUCGGAGACCUACGAGAAGUACCACGUCGAGAGCCUCCAGAACAUGAGCAAGCAGGAGUUGAUCACAGAGUACCUGGAGCUGGAGAAGUGUCUCUCCAGGAUGGAGGAAGAGAACAACCGCCUGCGGAUGGAGAACAAGAAAUUCUUGGGGGACUCGACGGAAGACCCCCGGGUAAGUCAGCUAGAGGAGGAACUGGGCAGGUUGAGAGCUGAGAACCAAAAACUCUUGAAAGAGAACGAACUCAGCAGACAACAAGAGAAAGCUUUUCCCAAAUUGGGAGAGUGAUGGAACAGGGGAGAUUUUUAUUUUCUAAGGACUUGUGGAGUGGGACAGAAACCCCCCAACCCCCCGAAAUCAGAAUGCAAGAAGUUAUUUCCAUUUUGUGGGUGCGUGUGUGUGUGUAUGUAUAUACAUAUAUAUAUAGAUUAUGAAUAUAUAUAUAUAUAUAUAUAUAUGACAAUGGACCUUUUCUUUUUUUGGUGAUUUAAUCAGAAUAAAUUCAAAACCUCAUACUGUUUUUGAAGAUAGCUCUAAUGUAGUGUGUGCUCUUUCUUUAAAUUAUGUGUAAUCAAAGGGGUCUCUGAGUGGGGUUCUUUUAAAACAAAACAGAACAGAACAAUAUCCAGCAUUCAUGGGAGAACUUUUUUUUUUUUUUUUUUGCAAAACUGCAUCUGACUUGUUAAAACUAUUAUUUUGAGUGUCUUCUAAAGGGAAGACUAGUUGUGGGUGGAGGGAGAAGUGGCGAGGAGUUGUAAAAGGAAAACACAGUCACACUGUGACAAAAAGAUAUACAGAUUCAUGCUAAGAGUUCUAAUAAACUGAAGGACAUGUCAGCGUAA